ACCCCUCCAGGUAGUUUCGACUUCUGCAGCCCAGAAUCCUCUCUGUUGCACUGCAGGGACAGAGUUACAACCUUUGCAGCUGAAGAUGAGCCCUUCCGUCCUGCUGCUCUUCCUGCUGACUUCUGAGCUGACCACGACCCACGCGGACUUGGUGCAACUUUACCGCAUGGUCACCCAAGUGACAGGCAAGAAGGCGGUCCCCUAUUAUUCCUCCUACGGGUGCUACUGCGGCCUGCGGGGUAGAGGGAGGCCCAAGGAUGCCACGGACAGGUGUUGUCAGAGGCAUGACUGCUGCUAUGGCCAGCUGCAGAAGUGGGGGUGCCGCCCCCACAUCACCAGCUACAGCUACUACACCACCUACGGUUGCUACUGUGGCCUGGGGGGCAAAGGCCAGCCACGCGACGCCACGGACCAGUGCUGCUUGACGCACGACUGCUGUUACGAGAAUCUGACCGACUGCCACACCAAAACGGACCCCUACCAAUACAGCCAGAGGAAUGGGGUCAUCUUCUGCGAAGGCGGCACCUGGUGCAAGCAGCAGAUUUGUGAGUGCGACAAAGCAGCGGCAAUCUGCCUCCGAGACAGUCUGGACACGUACAACACUGAAUACCAGUUUUAUGUGGACCUCAAUUGCAAGGAGGGUCCGAAGAAAUGCUAAGUCUCAAAAAAACAAAAACCCCUUGAAUUACACAAUCAUAGUUAUGUUGCCUUAUUUUCCUGGAUGCAACACUGGUUAAUAAACAGCUUUGCACAAACGAUCAGCUUGC